AUCGCUUGCUGCACACGACCCGCACACUCCUGUCAACACACACGCGACAAAGAUGAAGUCCUUGUGUUUGAUCACCAUUUCAGUGUUGGUGCUACACGUGGUUGCUGAGGACAUGCCGUGUAGGCUGGGUCGUCACUGUCCCCGGGAUAUGUGCUGCAAGGGGAACACCGGCCGGUCCCAGGGGUCCUGCACUCCCCUGAAGACUGAAGGAGAAGAAUGCCGGAUGUAUUCCGGGUUGCCGUCCUGGGGUCAGUAUCCUGUGAUGGUGCGAGAGUGCCGCUGUCAUGAUGAUUUCUACUGUGCUGCGGACCACCCCGGGCCUCAACUGGGAGGUAGAGGUACUUGCAGGCCCUGGGGUGGUCUUCCAUAGAGUCCGGGACAUCAUCUCAGCCAUUAUCUGCAAGAAUAUAUAUCCCCGUUGAAAAAAAUCAGUGCAUUUCUUAAUGGACAAUUACGCCAAUCUGUUCCUAAUUCUAAGAUGCCUAGCGGUUAGAACAAUCGAAAAAAAAUACAUUAUCAGACAAUAAAGGUAUAGUUUUUUGAUGACGUAACAAUU